ACUCUCUGUCCAGAAGCUUAAUCACACUAGAGAAAUCAAUGUGAUCUUACUGAAUGAACACCGUGGACCGUUAAAUUUACUUCUCUUCAGCUUCAUAAUAUAAAACACUGGAACUACCCUGUGAAAAAUGACCCAGCAAAUGCAGAGCUUACAACUUUCCCAGACCAAAAAGAAUAACCCUCCAUCUUCUCCCAAUGCCGCCAAGCGCCUCUACCGCAACCUCUCCGAGAAGCUGAAGGGAAGCCACUCAUCCUUUGAUGAGGUGUAUUUCAGGGCCCGAACAGAUCGUCUCAGUCUCCGGAAGUCUUCAGUGAAUUUCCAGUGCUGCGAAGCCAUGUUCGAGGCUGUGGAGCAACAGGACCUGGAUGCUGUCCAGGUUCUCCUCUACCAGUAUACACCAGAGGAGCUGGAUCUCAACACACCUAACAGUGAGGGAUUAACAGCUCUGGACAUCGCUAUCCUGACGAAUAAUGUACCCAUUGCCAAGAUCCUCAUGAAAGUUGGUGCAAAGGAGAGCCCACACUUUGUCAGCGUGGAAGGGAGAUCUGUCCAUCUUAGCAACUUAGUCCAAGAAGCUCAGCAACGGGUGAAUGACCUGUCUGCACAAGUCAUGAGUGAGGGUCUCGGCGCAGACAGCUGUGAGAAGGAGAAGCAGCUGAAAGCCUGGGAGUGGAGAUAUCGGCUUUACAAACGCAUGAAGUCCAGCUUUGAACAUUCUAGAGCCCCUGAGGCACCAACCAACAUCUGCCUUAUGGUAACAAGCAGCACAUCACUCACUGUCACUUUCCAAGAGCCUCAUAGCAUCAAUUCAGCAGUGGUGACAAAAUACAAAGUGGAAUGGAGCUGUUCCGAAGACUUUUCUCCUUUGGUCGGAGAGAUCAUAAUGGAAAACCUUCAGUCUUUGAGAUGCACUAUUACCGGCCUCACAAUGGGCCAAAGAUAUUAUGUCCAAGUGUACGCCCAUAACAUGAAAGGCUGGGGACAGCCUCAGAUUUCCUCACCUUGCUGUGCUUCUCCUUCUAACUGGAAAGACUGCGAUGGCAGAGAACCUAAGCACCGGGGGCAGAUUGAAGCCCUGGAAUGUUUGUUGCAGCAGGUUAGAGCAUCUCGUUCAAGCUACAUUUGCCGAGAUAAUGUUAAAUUGCAGAAUGCCGGUCGCAAGCAGUCUGUCUCCAGAAGCCUAAAGCAUCUCUUCCAUUCUUCAAACAAGUUUGUGAAGACUUUGAAAAGAGGGCUUUAUUUAGCUGUGAUAUUUUAUUACAAAGACAACAUGUUAGUAACCAAUGAAGAUCACAUACCAAUAGUGGAAAUUGAUGAUUCUCACGCCAGUUCUAUUAUGCAAGAUUUUCUCUGGUUCACAAAGCUGUCUUGUAUGUGGGAUGAGAUCCGAUGGCUGAGACAGAACAUGUCCGUCUCUAUGUCCUCCUCCACAGCGCUCCAAGCCAGGCAGAAAAUGCUGUCUGCAGCAGCCCAGUUACAGAACCUGUUAGGUACACACAACCUGGGCCAAGUCUAUUAUGAACCGAUCAAAGACCGUCAUGGCAAUGUUAUCAUAGUGACAAUCAGAGAGGUGGAGAGCCUCUAUUCCUUUUUUAAUGGCAAAUGGAUGCAGAUAUCUAAGCUACAAAGCCAGAGGAAAUCCCUUUCGACACCUGAGGAGCCAACAGCGUUAGACAUCUUGCUUAUCACAAUUCAGGACAUACUUUCCUAUCACAGAAGGAGCCAACAGCGUCUGGCUCCAGGCCUUUAUUUGGGCUACUUAAAACUCUGCAGUUCUGUCGAUCAGAUCAAAGUGCUUGUGCUACAAAAGCUGCCCAACAUUCUGUGUCACGUUAAAAUCCGAGACAAUUGCAAUGUGUCCAGAGAGGAAUGGGAAUGGAUCCAAAGACUUUCUGGCUCAGAAUCUAUGGAAAAUAUGGAUCAUUCUGCCGAGUGUCCAACUCGACUCUUUUUUGAGCUCCAAAUGGCAAUGAGAGCCCUUCUUAAACAAAUCAAUCUACCUCUACAACAGGCUAAGCUGUUCCGUCUGUAUACACAGGAGGUGUUGGAACUGGGUCACAAUGUUUCCUUUCUUCUCCUGCUCCCUGCCUCAGACGACGUCUGCACUGCCCCAGGACAGAACAACCCUUACACCCUGCACACAGGAUUUCUUAACCUCCCUCUUCAGAUGUUUGAACUCGUUCAUUUUUGCAGUUACAAGGAAAAAUUUAUUAGCCUCUAUUGCCGCCUUUCCGCUGUCAUAGAGCUAGAUUUUCUGAGCACUCAGCAGUCCCUGAGGGAAGCCAUUUCAGACAGUGAAGUUGCUGCUGCUAAACUAAGACACCAACAAGUCCUAGAUUACAUACAGCAAAUUGAUGAGAUCUGGCGGGAAAUGAGGUGGAUCAAUGAAGCACUGCAGUAUGCACGGUACAGACCAACAACCUCUGGCUUGCCCCUCGUGAAAAUUCUGGAUCUCUCAGAGGAGCCCCUGCAGAAAAAAAUAAGCUCUACGUCCUCCCAUCUUGACUGUCUUCCAUCCCCACCUCCUUCCCCAGAGAUGGGGAUGCCAAGGAGAAAAGCUGAUUCCCAGCCAUAUUCUGAUGAAGAAGGUUGCUCAGAGGUGUUCCUCCCAACUGACAGUGACUAUGAUUCCAGCGAUGCUUUGAGUCCACGAGAACUGGAUUUGGUUUAUUCAUCCUCCCAGGAUAUCUCCCAUCAGGCUGUGAGUUGUUUGAGUGGUAGCGCCCCAGAUGUCCUUCAAGUCCAUGACAUCAAACCUUGCUUGACUCCAAAACAAAACCCAAGAGGGAGCAGUGUCUUAGAGGCAGAGGUCGAUCAGUCUACAGAGAACAUGCAGAGUCUGUCAAUUGGAAGGCUCUCACCCAAAAACCCAGAAAAGAAUUCCGGCUCAAAGCAAUCUUUGAGUUUCCUAGGGAAGAAAAAACAUGGGAAACAUCAGCACUACAAUUAUUUCAGCCGACACCAUCGCUGGCUCCGUGUACACAGUGAGACCCAGUCCAUCUCUCUUUCUGAAGGCCUCUACACUCCCCAUCUCACACAAGCCAUGGACUACUCUCAAGAGCCCACGCCUGGUGAGCAGAUCAGUAUUUCUAUUGAUUGCCCCCGCAGUACUUUCUUACCUCAUGCUUCAAGUCUCCCAGAAGAAGGGAAAGACAAAUACCAGGAACUGAGGCCAAACAUCCGCAGAAUAUAUGUUGAGCCUUACAAGACCAUAUUAUCCAGUGAAGGGAGCAAGCAGUCUGGAGAUCAUCCAGAUUUGCACAGCCCGUUGGGUCAAGGCAGGAUUGCAGAAGAUCAGUCUUGUUCUAACAUCCCCGAAGUGUUCAGCAGUGACCUGUAAGAGGUCACAUUGCUCAGUAGCCCCUGCUCCUCUGCCCUGCCUUCAAACUACGAUCACACUUACCACAAAUGGAAGACUAGUUCUUCAAAACAAACUGCAUUCAGAAGUCCCAGUUCAGGUCUCUACCAAACGGAGGGGCAGACCUUCGGCACGGUUUUCUAAGAAAAGACAUAGGGAAAACUUUUGCAUAUAUGCUUACUUGCACUUCUUCUAAAGUUCUAAAGUUAGGUGGCUGAUUCUUGACUCUUUAUUUGGUACUUAACAAGGCAGAAAGAAAUGUUAUCUUUUUCAAGUGAAAAAGAAAUUUUCAGGAAACUUAAAAUGUUUCACUACAGAAUUUUCCCAUCCUAAAUAGUCAGCGUUGUCCCUCGCUUAUUGAGUAGCAUUCAUGGCUCCAGGAGCUGAUUUUUUUAAAAAAAAAAAAUCUUCAGCAUCAGUGACUUUAUUGUGUUUCACCAUGCUGGGCAACGCAACAUCAGUAAGGACAAUUGUUCAGAAAAUAAUGUUGAUUUUUAAGAAUAACAAGAGUGGUGCAGUCAAAAAGGUCUCUGCAAACAAAUUUGAGGAAGAUUAUCUCAUUUUACCAUUUUUCCUCCAUUGUAACCUUCUGUGGGAACGAUCACUGGGAAGGAUCCCAAAGUUUUACUGGGAGAUGAAAAAAAAAACCUCCCUGUUUUAUUUUUUAUUUUGUGGUUUUCAUAUCUACAAGAGUAUGAACAGUUUUGCUCCUACAGCAUUUUUCAGUUAUACCAUUUGAGUUGAUGUCUUUCAGGAUAUAGCUACCCUAAAUCAUUAAAUCAGAGCACUUUUCAUCUUCAAGGUCAUUUUUGCACAUUAUUGGUUGGUAAUUCCCAACAUUCUUCAGGUGGAAACCCAGCUAAUUGAUAUAAACAAGUUUUAGAGACAACUUCAGUUGGCGAUCUUAUUUGGAAGGAAGUCUUUCACCUUAUCCCUUCUCUUACAUUUUGGCUGUUUGGUCAAUGGGAUUUGACAGUUCACCCUGUCAAAAAUGCGGAAUGAGCACAUAAAUUUGUGGGUAGAUUCAGGAGUAGUGCCAUGGCUUUUUUAUCAUGAUUUACUGAUCGGCCAUUUUGAAGAGGUGAUCCCCCAACUACAAUUUAUCUUUGUUUCUUGUAAAAUCUACCGAUCUCAAUAUUUUGAAUGUAAGUAUACCAUUAGGACUUGAAUCCCCUUUAAUUUAUACAACUCCUCAGUAUGCAGACGGAUGUUCAUAUAGGAUCUCAUCUCCAGGUGGCUUAGUUGGCCAGGUGCUGGGAAGUGAGCCUUGUGAAUACUGCCUUGGACCAUUUCUUAGAUGGAAAUGUAUCAUAAGAAUCAUCAAUGUACGUUAUGGGAUCUGGAAAGGAGACGGUACUACUAAAUGAUUUUGUUGUUAGGGGUAUAGGCCAUUCUGGGUGAGUGUAAUUGAUAACAAAAUGAAAGUUUUAGUCAAACCAAUGAGGCCAUCAUCAAGUCAAUGUGGCCGUCAUCAAAAGGUUUUUGCACAGAAUUCAAAGUAUCUACUUGCACUAUUCACAAGAGCAUGGGUACCUCUGCAGUUCUCUGCCUCUUGAUCUCUAGGGAAAGCAGAGGGAACCAAGCAUGCUUACAAGUCUUUGAAUAAUCAAGACCCCAAUCUUAUCAGGAGACGCUCACAUCCUGGAGCCAUUUGAAUGCACUAAAUCACCUCCACAGACGUUGUUGACGGCACUGAUGUCUACAGAACUGAUCAUCUCUUGCAUGUGCAGAGGUGAAUACUCACAGCAAGUUAUCAAUUUUAAGGAAAAACGCCAGGUUUUCCAUGUUGCUAUCAAGACUUGCAGCUAGCGUUCAUUAGUGUCUGCUCACUUGCAGGAAAUCUGCCCCCCUUCCUCCCCCCAAAAAAACAACAGCACUCAGUUUUCUGCUGGAUUAGUUACCCACAUCUUCAUUAAUGCUUAGAAACUACAGUGAGCAUGCAGAAAGUUAUGUCUACUUCUUUGUUGAAGUGUAAGUAUAUUUUUUCCAGUGGAGCCAAUGAAAAUUGGAAAUGCUUUGAAGAGAAAAGAGAGUUCCAUAUGUAUGGGUGUACAUAAAUACAUACAUGCAUACAUACAUACAGGGAAGGGAAUGUUUUAUUCGCAAAAUGAAUACCAAGAGUCUUUAAACAUUAAUGCUUUGAAAAGAUAUAUGCAUCUUUCUAUUCUCUUACAUACAUGUUCACCAAAAUGAUGUGUUCAGUUGCUGGUCAACUCUUGGCUCAUGACUGUUAUGGGAUAUAGAUAGAUGGCAUAUAUAUGUAGAUGAUUUUGUAGAUACGGGGGGUUUGUAUACAUGUAGAUAUAGAUAAAGAUAUAGAUUAUAUAGGUAUGCUGCCUUAUGGAAAGGUUUCUGGUAUAUUUGAAAAAAGAUAUUGCACAAUUCAGAGUUUCUUCAGGAAGAAUUUACUUUUGCCAUCAACAGGAACACACACACACACACACACACACACACACACACACAAAGCACUAAGCACUUUGAUUCCUGCGGCACAUCAUCUAGUUUCCUCUUCUUUCACCCAUUGCAAUCUCACUUCAUGUAGCAGUAGCAUCUCUCCUGAUGCUACUGUCCUACAAUUUUUUUU